GGAUGGUCGAUGGACGACGACGUCAGAAGCGGCCUCCGCUGCGUGAGAGGCCUAGGCAUGCCGCCCCUGGACCUGCAGCCCGCGCUGCCCGCCGCGGACCGCGCUCCCGCCGGCGCCGGGGACCGCGAGGAGCCCGCGGAGGUUGGCGGCCGCUCUUCGCCCUCGUCCUCGCCUGCGUCUGAGGCCGUGGUCUGCUCCAGCAGCGUCCACAGCAACGGCUCAGAGGCGGCUGCUCCUCCGAGGGCGGGCCGCUCGGCGGUGGCGCCCAGGGGCGGCUCUCCCGCCGCGGCAGGGCAGGAGCCCGCGUCCCCGCUGGAGGCGCGAGGGCAGCCCGGCGGCGGCAGCCGCGAAGGCGGCAGCCCAUCGGCGCCCUCCGCGGGGCCGGGGCGGCCGGCGGCGGCGGCGGCGGAGGGCACGCAGGC